AUGAACUCCCAGCUCAACAACUCAAACGAAAACCAGGACCUGGUCUUCCAGGAAACCGACACCUUCCGGCCGGUCUUCUUCGAUUCCAGCGCCAAACGAAACUCCUCCCUGGCCUCCUCCGACCCGGCCAAAAGAGCAAGACUUGACGCCUCCGUCAUCGCCCCCAAGGACAGGCAACAGGACCCCAUCCAGCCCAACCCGCUGCCCCUGGCCUCGUCCCCAGGCAAACUGUCAAACCCAGGCCCCAUCCUCAACCAGCACAGACCAUCCCUCCAUCAUCGCCACCUCCUCCUCCAACACCACCUCCUUUCCCAGCCUUCGCUGCCCACCCCUGACCAGCAACACGCCUCGGCUGCUGACCAAGGAGACGUGGAUGUGGACGUGGACAUGGACCAGGACAAGUCCUCCAAAAAGCAACCCGCCACGCCCCAGCUGCUGACUCCCAAGUUGCCGCUGCUGCUGGUCAAGGCUGCUCAGCGCUCCGCCCACCGUUCGGCUAAGAAAGCCGUCAGAGCGCUGCCGGUGGCAUCCCAGGGAUCCAAAGCUCCAAAGUUUGUCAGACGUUUCCGCUCACGCUCCCUCCCCAUCAUCAACUACACCUCCCGCUCCCAGUUGUUCCAGCAUCAUGUGCUCCAACGCGUGCCCCACCAGCAGCUCCUGUCGGCCGCCUCCUCCCAAAACUCGUCCUUUUUUCUGCAACCGACUGCCCCUGCCUCCCUGCACUACCAUUCCCCUGCCACCCCGUCGCUUCCACCCAUCAACUUGCAGCUGUUGAAGGAGAUCGAUCUUCACGAAAUUUUGAAGAAUCCUCAGUUGAGACACGACAUUCUCUUUGACCCUCAGUUGCAGUUCCGCCCCAACUUGGACGGCGAGCGCGGCAGACGGAAGAAGACCAUCAUCGAGAAGUACUGGACUGAGAUCGAAGCAGAGUGCAAGCAGUUCUUUGCCGGCACCGUUAAGCCUAACUCCGUCAAACUCCCUCGUUUGCCUGUUCUUUUCACCACCUUGAGAGACAUUUUGUUGUCGCUCCUUCCGGUUAAGGACCGCGCUCCUGUGAACGAAAUCAUGGACAUUGACCUUCUCGUCCAGCAGUUGUCCCAUGGCUCUUUUGACUUUGUCGCCAUGGCCAAGUGGCUCGGAGAGGUGUUCAAGUCCCACUGCGCCCCUAUGAGAGACCAGUGGGUGUCUGACAUGAUUGCCAAGUUCCAGCAGUCCUUUGAGGAGAACUCGGUCGAAAAGCUCGUGCAGGGUUUGAGAACGAUUUUCUUCAUCUUGGAGGCUAUGAAAUUGGACGUGGCUAACCAUCAAAUCAGAAUCUUGAGACCCGUUUUGAUUGAAACUGCCAACGAAUUUGAGAAGGACUACUUUGACCAGCUUAUUAACCACUGCAAGAUUGACAUCACCGAUUCUUUGAAGUGGUACUACAGAAACUACCACAAGAAGAGCGACAUUGCCAAGCUGUUGAACAAGGAAAAUAUGCUGGAUGCCGAACAGAGCAAGGCUAUCAUCGUUUCCGCCAUCAUCGACUUGCUUUCAUGCCGCAACAUGGCCACGGAAUUCCCUCUGACUUUGACGUUCGACCACACCAGAUUGGUUUUGUUGAGAGCUGACGUUAGACAGUUGGUCUGUGUCCAGUUGUGUGUUGUGUUAUACAAGCAGCUUCUUCAUAACUACCUGCCCGCUGCUGCUUACAGAGCUACCAGCUACAAACCUGAGAAUCUUACAAAGGUCCAAGAGGAGAUCUUGGCCAUUGUUACUGACGACAACGGCAAUGUGAAGUGGACGAGAAACGUCCAGGCGAUUGCCUUACAGCUAGUCAAGAAUGUCGUCACCAACCCAUUGACAGGAAAGCAGGUUACCAACAACUUGCCUCAGUCGAUGGUGGAUUUCAGUUACAACUGGUUGAUCAAGCAAAUCCAGCCAAACUCGGACGUCUAUGGCCUCAUGGAAGACAAGAUCUUCAAGGAGCUCUUGACUGAGAUUGUUGUCAAUCUCAACUUUGACGGUGCCAUAACUGCUAGCAGUUUGAGCAACGAUUUGAAGCUGAGCUCUGCGGGCAAGAGCAAGAAAUCUGAUCUGGAAAUGGUUAGCAUUGCAUCGAGAAUUUCUACGUUGGUUAAGUUCCACUGGAGCGUGUUUGGCGAGUACUACACUAAUUAUGUGAAAAACGACAAGGCCAGUCUUUGA